AUGUCGGAUCCACAAAAUAAAUUAUCUGGUAGACCUUCCUCAAAUGUGUGGAUUCAUUUUACUAAAAAACAAGAAGAAAAAUCUAAAGGAUGUUACUCUGCACAAUGCAAGUAUUGCACAAAAAG